AUGCGCUGUAAAAAAUCAGUGUGUCAUCUAGAUCAACAAAGCGACACCAGCGGCAGCAGCAGCACCGAACAAACCGGCACCGACAAUUUGGACGGCACCAGAGUCAGAGCUGUGGUGGGUACCGUUGGAACCGUUGGAACCAUUGGAGCCGUUAGAGGCGUUGGCAGCGGAAACAGCAGAGGCAGCAGUCAAAGCGAUAACAACAGUCUUGAAUUGCAUUAUGUGAUAAGAUGUGUGGAUAAAGAAAUUUCUCUGGCGAGGGAGGGGGGACACUGGUAUUUAUACCCAUGCGCCCUAUCUCCUGCACCCUGUGCGCGAAUAGUCAUUUCUUUUUGGCGCACCACAUUUAUGGAAAGGCGUGCCAUGCAGUCAUCUAUAUUUAUUCUGCUUCGAAUCAUAGUCUAUUCUGUUGCAUUGGGUGUUUUUGUGUGGCCUUUUCUUUUACUUUGUUGA